CAAUUCCGAGAGAACACAGCUUUACCAGAUGGAUCUACACUGUGAGAAGAGAGACCAUUAAUUUCGUCUCCAAUUGAUUUUCUCUGUUUCGUCUCUGCUGAUUCCGAUUCGUGCUUGGCUUUCAUUAGCACUUUAUUGGAAUGGAGGAUGUGAAAAAUGCAAAGGAGAAUUGUCCUCCAGAAUUCUCUGUAGAAUCAUCAUUAUCUUCCCAGAACAAUGAUCAUUCAAAGAAUAUAGCCCCAAUUAACCAAGAUACAAAUGGAAUAGUGGAACCUAAAGGUGAGGGACCAAUGAUGGAUGGUUCAAAAUCAACAAUACAAGAUGAAACAGGACACAACCAGCACAAGAUUGUGAUCGAAGAACCUGAAAGUAUAGCUGUGCAACAAAGUUCAAAUGGACCCAAAGGCGAGCAGGAGGCUUCAAUUCUGUCAGACAAGGGUCCAAAGACAUUGGAGCCACAAAAAGAGGAAAAUUUAACCGGUCUCUCAGAAUUCAUUCCAUCACCCUCACAAGCAAAACCAAAUGACACUUUGCAGCAAUCUCUCGAAGGUGGUUCUGUUCAAAGUGCCCAUUUUCAAUCAAACGACAUUUCUGACGGACCUGCACUUGAGCAAGAAGCCUCCCUUCCAUCAGACAAGAAACCAGACAUAUUGGAGCCUCAAAAAGAAGAAAAUGUAAUGAAUGUAUCAGAAUCGAUUCCAGCAUAUGCCUCAGAAGCAAAAUCAAAUGAUGCUUUGCAGCAAUCUCAAGAAGAUGGCUCUGUUAUCAGCUCCCAUGUUCAAGUAGUGCUUUCAAAUGAAGUUGCUGAGCCCCAACCUGAGGUUGACGAAACUGAUAUUACAACACCAGAUCCCAACGACACUUCUGAAGAUCUUAAAAAGGCUGACAUAAACAGAGGUCUGAUUGAUACAGCAGCACCUUUUGAAUCUGUUAAAGCAGCUGUUUCCAAGUUUGGGGGAAUUGUUGAUUGGAAGGCACAUAGAGUCCAGACAGUGGAGAGGCGCAAGCUUAUAGACCAAGAACUUGAGAAAGCACAGGAGGAGAUUCCAUUGUAUAAGAAACAAUCCCAAGCUGCUGAGGAUGUGAAAGUUCAAAUGUUAAAGGAGCUAGACAGCACUAAGAGACUCAUUGAAGAAUUGAAACUCAACCUCGAGAGAGCACAGACAGAAGAGCAACAAGCGAAACAAGACUCUGAACUUGCCAAGCUCAGGGUAGAAGAGAUGGAGCAAGGGAUUGCUGACGAGGCUAGUGUGGCAGCCAAGGCACAGCUUGAGGUCGCCCGAGCGAGGCACACAGCUGCUGUUUCUGAGCUUAAGACUGUGAAAGACGAAUUAGAAGAACUUCAUCAAGAUUAUGGUUUACUAGUUUCUGAGAAAGACCUAGCUGUUAAGAAAGCUGAGGAGGCUGUUUCUGCAUCCAAAGAAGUUGAGAAAACAGUGGAGGAACUGACAAUUGAGCUGAUUGCCACCAAGGAAUCGUUGGAGUCUGCACAUGCUGCCCAUCUGGAGGCAGAGGAACAAAGAAUCGGAGCUGCUAUGGCAAGAGACCAAGAUACUCUCAAUUGGGAGAAGGAACUUAAGCAGGCAGAAGAGGAGCUAGAGAGACUAAACCAGCAGAUUUUGUCAGCAAAGGAUCUCAAAUCAAAACUAGAUACUGCUUCAGCCUUGCUGGUGGACUUAAAAGCUGAAUUAGGAGCUUAUAUGGAAUCAAAAUUGAAGCAGGAAAAUGAUGAUGAAGGGCACCUGAAAACUGAGCUAGAGGGAGCAGAGAAGAGGACGCACGUUGACAUACAAGCAGCAGUUGCUUUGGCCAAGAAGGAACUUGAAGAAGUGAAGCUCAACAUUGAGAAAGCCACUGCCGAAGUAAAUUGCUUGAAGAUUGCAGCCACAUCGUUAAAGUCGGAGCUGGAAGGAGAGCAUUCAGCACUUGCUGCCAUUAUGCAGAGAGAAGGAAUGGCAUCGGUAGCAGUUGCAUCACUUGAAGCAGAGCUGAGCAGGACUAAAGAAGAGAUUGCUGUUGUUCAGAUGAAAGAGAAAGAAGCAAGAGAGAAGAUGGUGGACCUGCCGAAGCAAUUACAGGAGGCAGCUCAAGAAGCAGAUCAGGCCAAGUCACUCGCUCAAAUGGCACGUGAAGAGUUGCGCAAGGCUAUGGAAGAAGUAGAGCAAGCAAAGGCAGGAGCAAGUACCAUGGAGAGUAGACUAAAUGCGGCUAGAAAGGAGAUAGAGGCUGCAAAGGCUUCAGAGAAACUUGCAUUAGCAGCUAUAAAAGCUCUGAAAGAGAGUGAAUCGGCUCAAAGCACCAAUGACGAGGAUUCAUCAGCCGGAGUAACACUUUCUCUAGAGGAGUACUAUGAGUUUAGCAAGCAGGCACAUGAGGCAGAGGAGCAAGCUAACAUGAGGGUGGCUAGUGCCAUAUCCCAAAUCGAGGUAGCCAAGGAAUCUGAGUUGAGAAGCUUGAAGAAGUUGGAGGAAGCUAACAAUGAAAUGGCUGCACAAAAAGAAGCACUGGAAAUUGCAUUACGGAAGGCUGAGACAGCCAAGGAAGCAAAGUUGGGUGUAGAACAGGAGUUGAGAGCAUGGAGGUCUGAGAACGAGCAACGACGAAAAGCUGGUGGUGAAUCGGGUCAUGGAGCAGGAAACCCAGUUAAGAGCCCUAGGGUAAGCUUUGAGGAGAAGAAAGAAUCUAAGAUCUUUGUCCAGGUGCCAGAUGUCGCUGAUCAUGUCCGUCAGAGGUCAAGCCCAAAGGCUAAUAUGCCUGUAAGUAACACUGAAAGUGAUUCAUCCUCUGAAGUUAAGGUGACGAAGAAAAAGAAGAAGUCAUUCUUCCCCCGGAUUUUGAUGUUCUUGGGUAGAAAGAAAGCACAAGCAGCCAAGUCAUCGUAAUCUUCCAUUAAUACAAGUACAUGUUGCUGCUGGUAUUGUUUUCUGCCCAUCUUUUUUUUUUUUUUUUUCUUUUUCAUUUACUUUUUUUCUCUGCAGUUUCUUGCAGUGACUUGAAACUGAGUACAUUCUGAAAGAGUUUCUCUGUUGUACAUGUUGGGUAAUUAUUUUCUCUGUAUGGUAAGUUGAUUGGAUUAUAUUUUUGAUCAGGAUGGGGGAUUUGUGUGGAUGGAGGGUUUGUGAUCAGUUGGGAAAAGAGAUAUAAUAAGGUUGUUCUGUAAUGUAUUGCUUGUGACACUGGAAUGUCAUUCUUGUUAGUUUUGAGUGAGAUUCCUACAAGUUUGAUAUAUAAUGAAAGUAUUUUGAUUUCUCUGGAUAA